UCCGUUCAGAAGUAUAUUUACAAUGAUAAAGUAUACUACAACUUUCUUGCUGCUUGUAUUGCUUUUGGGCACAAAGACCCAAUGCAGUAAAGGAGCCAAUAUUUUAGGCAUUUUUGGCACGCACAGUCCUUCUCAUGUGAUCGUUCACAUGGCAGUGAUGAAAACCCUGGCAGAUCGGGGUCACAACAUCACAGUGGUGACCCAAAUGAAGCCCAAAUUGGCGGCACAUGAAAAUAUCACCGUGAUUCUGGCACCACCGACACCGGAGAGACAAAAAUUCAUCAAGGAAUAUAUGGAGGAAGUAUCCAAUGAGAAACCUUCCUUCUGGGAGACCAUGGCAAAAGUUGUCGUCACGUCGGCAAAUCAACUGGAAGGACAAUAUGAGUUCAUGGUUCAUCCCAAUUUCAAGCAGCUCUACGAGAACCCACAGACAAACUUCGACUUGGUGUUUUUGGGUGCGAUGGCCAACGAUUUCCAACUGGGAAUUGCCGCCAAACUCCGCUGUCCGGCAAUAAUAACUUGGGUGGGAGUGCCCUUGCCCUUUAUGGACAGUCUUGUGGGAAAUGUCAACGAUCCAUCCUAUGUGCCCAGUGUGAAUGUAGCCCUUGAACCGGGCCAAAACACCAUGCAAUUUGGCUUAAGAUUGGGCAACCUUUUUAAGCAUUAUUUCUUGACCACUAUCAACAAAUUACUGAACUAUAAGAUGAAUCAGUUUUAUGAACGAGCUUUUGGAAAUGAAUCAGAUCCGAACUUUCCCACCUACGAUGAGAUGAAGCGUCGCAUUUCCUUGCUUUUCUACAAUUACCAUUCGCCCAGCGAAGGACCCAUCAGACCCACAGUGCCUCAAUCCAUUGAAAUAGGUGGAAUACAGGUGAAGGAACAGUCUGAUUCAUUGCCCAAGGAGCUGGCCAAGUUCCUUGACAAUGCUGACGAGGGUGCAAUCUUCUUCAGUUUGGGCACCAAUGUGAAUACCAAUACCUUUCGACCAGACACCGUAGAUAUUCUGUACAAAGUACUGUCCAAAAUGCCGCAGAGGGUGGUCUGGAAGUGGGAGGAUCUGGAAAACAAGCCGGGUAAUGCGUCCAACAUAUACUUCAGCAACUGGUUGCCGCAGGACGAUAUCCUGGCUCAUCCGAAAACGAAACUCUUUAUAACGCAUGCGGGAAAAGGCGGAGUGGCGGAGGCCCAAUAUCAUGGUGUACCCAUGGUGGCAUUGCCCAUUUUUGGAGACCAACAGGGAAAUGCUGAGAUCAUGACUAAAUCAGGCUUUGGCCGAUGGCUGGAUAUUCUCACACUGACGGCAGAGGAACUGGAAGAGAGCAUCCUUGAGGUGCUGGAAAAUCCCUCUUAUCGUGAGACAAUCGGAAAGUUCUCCACCCUCUACAGGGAUCGUCCUUUGACAGCCCGUCAAUCGGUUGUCUACUGGACCGAGUACGUCUUGCGUCACCAGGGAGCCUAUCAUCUGCAGAGUCCCCUCAUCCACAUGGAUUUCGUGGCCCGCAACAACCUCGAUGUUUAUGGAGUAGUCCUCAUUGUCAGUCUGGUUGUCUUCUUAAUACUCAUUGUAUUAUUUCGUUGGGUAUUUCGCAAGGUUUUUAAAGUUGUGCGUGGCCACAGUUAUCGCAGGAAAUCGCCGCAGCUUAAAAAUAAUUAAUCACAAAUAUAUAAUCACUGUGUAUACGCAAUAUCAUUUAAUAUUAUGAAAAUCAAAAUUGAAUGCACUCAGCCGUUUCAGUUAUCAGCUAGUC